CCCAGAGCCUCUGAAUCAGCUGAAGCGCCAGUGUUGUCUGGAACUAAGCUCACAGUCUGCCUUUUCUAAGAACACUGGGAGAAUUCAUCUAAGUUGACUGUGUCACCAGAGCUGGACCAUUUCCCAAAUCAGGCAGAGAAAAUCUAGGUUGGGGAGUUUUCGGAAGAGGCAAGAAACAGGGCAAUGGGGAUUAAGUGACUUGCCCAGGAUCACACAGCUAUCUCUUAAAAAUGGACAACAAAGAUAUAUUCAGACGGGAAUUGGUGGAUGUUCAUGGAGUCCCCCUCUUCUGGAGCAUAGCAGAAGCAUGGCCUCAGAUAGAAGCAUUUGAAGCUAGACCAGAUGACCUUCUCAUCUCCACCUAUCCCAAAUCUGGUACCACUUGGGUCAGCGAAAUCUUGGAUAUGAUCUAUAACAAUGGGGAUAUAGAGAAAUGCAAACGAGAUGCUAUAUUCAAUCGGGUCCCUUUCAUGGAACUGAUCGUGCCUGGAUACGUAAAUGGCAUACAGCAAUUGGAAGCAUUGAAGUCUCCACGCCUGGUGAAAACCCACCUGCCCGUGGAACUCCUUCCUUCCUCUCUGUGGAAGAAUGACUGCAAGAUGAUCUAUGUGGCCCGGAAUGCUAAGGAUGUAGCUGUCUCUUACUAUUAUUUCUACCAGAUGGCCAAGAUGCACCCAGAGCCGGGAACCUGGGAGGAGUUCCUGGAGAAAUUCAAGGCUGGAAAGGUGGGUUUCGGUUCCUGGUAUGACCAUGUGAAAGGCUGGUGGGAGAAGAGGAAGGACUACCGUAUCCUCUACCUCUUCUAUGAAGAUAUGAAGGAGGACCCAAAACGUGAACUACUGAAAGUGCUGAAGUUCCUAGAAAAGGAUUUGCCAGAAGAGAUUGUGAAUAAAAUCCUCUAUCACACCUCCUUCAAGGUCAUGAAACAGAACCCAACAGCCAAUUAUACCAUGAUGUCAGAAAAAGAAAUGGACCACAAUGUAUCUCCCUUUAUGAGAAAGGGGAUUUCAGGGGACUGGAAGAAUCAGUUCACUGUGGCCCAGUAUGAGACAUUCGAAAAACAUUAUAACCAGCAAAUGGAAGGCACUACACUGAAGUUUCGAGAAGAGAUUUGAAGAAUGUCUCCUUUUCCUCCAAACCCCUGAGAUGCUUUGCAAGGGGAAAGACACCUAACAAAUACCUAGUGAAAAUACUCAUAGACCACAAGCUUCUGCAGUUGCCUAGCUUCAUGAUUUGCAUGUAAUUUGUAUCCCUUCCACAUCAGGAGGGUUAGGGACACAGCACCCCCAUAGUCUGGAAAAACCCAUAAAAUUGUUGACCUUCCCUUCAUACCAGAGAGGAAGUCUCAAUUAUUUCUUUGUCUUUUAUGGGGUGUUUAUAGUACCUUAUUGCAAAAUUUGGGUUAAAUAUUUGUCCAUAGGCUCUGGGUCAUCUGCUGGCCUUCCUGGGUUGCCUAUGGGUUUAAUAAAACUCUCCAAAAUUCCCAUUUAAUUUUAAUUUAAUUUCUUAUGAUAAUCUGUGAUAUAUCAAAACUCUGAUGGGGAAAAUUUUGAUGUGGAAGGGAUAACUGUGGGUGGGUGGGGGA